AUGGAAUAUGACCCUGGACUUGUCAGAAUCCGUCAGUGCGCAAUAGAAGACGCCGCUGGCCCUUCCUUUCCUCCGAUUGAAUUUCAAGCAGAGCAGGAAGCAGCUCAUCCCGUCCUUCAGAAACGUGUCUGUGUGGUUCGUGUGCGACUCGCUCCUCUGCCAUGGCUCACGAUCAACGAGGUGAAGAAAAUAGCGGAUUUCAUCAAGAAUAAGGUGCCAUGCAAUCCCAAGAUAGGCAUAGUCUGCGGUUCGGGCCUGGGCGUCAUCGGCGAUCGCAUUCGAAACGGCGUCUACAUAAAGUACGAGGACAUUCCCGGGUUUCUCGUUUCGACCGUGGUCGGUCAUCGAGGGGCACUGCUCAUCGGAGACCUGAACGGAGUCGAAGUCGUAUGCAUGCUGGGUCGAUUCCAUUUCUACGAGGGUUAUCCCACCUGGAAGUGCGCCCUUCCCAUCCGAGUCAUGCGAUUUUUGGGGGUAGAGACCGUGAUAGUGACGAAUGCAGCAGGAAGUGUGAAUCCGACUUACCGCGUGGGAGACGUCAUGCUGCUGAAAGACCAUCUCUUCCUACCUAGCAUCUGCGGCGGCCUGAACCCUUUAAUCGGACCCAACGACGAUAAACUGGGGGUGCGUUUCCCGUCGCUGACCACCGCUUAUGACAAGAAAUUGAGGGAAAUCGCCCUGGAAACGGCAGAGGCUCUGGGCUUGAGGGAAAGUUUUCACGAAGGCGUUUAUGUCAUGAAUUCGGGACCCGCGUUUGAAACUAUAGCUGAACUCAACUUCCUGAGAUCUGCAGGCGCUGACGCCGUCGGAAUGAGCACUCUCCCCGAAGUGGUGACGGCACGACACUGUGGGCUUCGAGUCUUGGCCUUCAGUUUGAUCACGAACGAAUGCAUCAUGGAAUACGACUCGGAUAAGCCCCAUCCCACCCAGGAAGAGGUGAUAGAAACGGCUGAAGCCAAGCAGGAGCAGAUAUCCGAUUUCGUCUUCCAUCUCGUGUCCGGCAUGAAUAAGGAAGCCCUGGCGUGCUGAGGGUGUGCACCGCGGCGUCUUCCUUGUUCCUCUCCGUCCGCACUCGCGCGUCUCGGCUGUCCAGACGCUUUGUAUUGCAACACACGAGAAUUAUCCGUCAGUAUCUUCUGUUGUAUUGAAUAUGUAUGACCUAUUCUAUCAGAUAUUUUUUGUUGCAAGAGCAUAGUAUUUACCUUCGCUAUUCAUCUCUACGAUAUCGUUGUCACAUAAACAUAAAGUGAUGUUAUACGUCAUGUCAACAUUUAUACAUGAACUCAUCCGCAGGGCAAAGUGUCCUAUAUAAACAUGAAUGGGAAAAUCGGGAAUAAAAAAGUAAGAAAACUUCAAAACAA